GAAAAAAGGAAAAGCUCGUCCUUUUUCACACAGAAAGCAGGAAGAAGUGACUGCAAAGUCACUCCCAAAAACUGCUCGUGUUAAUCUCCUAAAAAUAGAAGUAAAAAGGGAAGACAGUCCAGCGGUGCGUAUGUAUGUGUUUAUACUGACAUUUCAAGGGUGUUUAUUGAUAAAACCGCGACUAAAUUACUGAAAGUGAGCGCUGUCUGAGCAAAUACGAGUGAAUCUGUGAAAGUGAAAGUGAAAGUAAGUUGUCUGUUAGAGUCAAGCAUUAAAAGACAUCCACAGAAGACAACGACAGAAUGGCUGCCAAUGAAUCACCGUCUGAAGUGGAUUGCUCCUGUCCUGUGUGCUGUGACAUAUUUAAGGAUCCUAUAGUCUUGUUGUGCGGUCACAGCUUCUGCAAGCACUGUCUUCAGGAGUGGUGGAGACAAAGUAAAGUCCAGACGUGCCCGGUCUGUAAGGAAAUAUUUUCAAUGGCUCAGCCUCCACCUAAUCUGGCACUGAGAAAUCUUUCUGACACCUUGAGACAAGAGAGGAGUCAGAGAGCUACGACAGGAUCUAAAGAGUUCUGCAGUCUGCACAGUGAGAAACUCAAGCUCUUCUGUCAAGAUGAUCAAGAGCUCAUCUGUGUGAUUUGUAGGGAUGCAAAAAAACAUAAGAAACAUAACUGUGUCCCCAUCAAUGAAGCAGCACAAGACCAUAGGACCAAACUGAAGGUUCAGCUGAUGCAUUUAAAAAGCAAACAGGGGUCAUUUGAAGCAGAAAAACUCAAGUGUGAUAAAAUGGCCAGCCACAUCACACUCCAAGCCCAGCAGACUGAGGAGGCGAUAAAAGGGGAGUUUCAAAAGCUGUACCAGUUCCUGCGGGCAGAAGAGGCUGCAAGGAUUGAUGCUGUGAGGAAAGAGGCGACACUCAAGAGUGAGGCAAUGAGGAUCAGGAUUGUAAAUCUGACUGCAGAGUCCUCCUCACUCUCAGACAAAAUCAAAACCAUGGAGCAAGAAAUGAAAGAAGAAGACAUCUCAUUAAUGCUGAAUGCCAAAUCCUCUAUGGAGCGAUCCCAGUGCAACCUGCCAGAACCAGAGACUCCAUCAGGAGCCCUGAUCGAUGAGGCCAAACACCUGGAGAACCUGCAGUUCACAGUCUGGAGGAAGAUGAGGAAUAUAAUACAGUACACUCCUGUCAAGCUGAACAAGUCUGAAAAUGCUUGGAAACCUGUCAUAAUGAGAGAGCCCAGCCCAGAGGACCGAGAGGUGCAGAAAACACAGGAGCUCUUCAGGAAGGUACGCAGCAUCCUGGACAAGCUAAUGCCUCAGAAUUUCAGCCAGCUUAUGACGCAGAUGAGGGACCUGACCAUCAACACAGAAGAGAGGCUUAAAGGAGUCGUUGACCUUGUAUUUGAGAAGGCCAUCAGUGAGCCCAGCUUCUCUGUGGUUUAUGCAAACAUGUGCCGCUGCCUCAUGGGGCUCAAAGUGCCAAACACAGACCAACCUGGCACUUAUGUGCACUUUCGCAAGCUGCUGCUAAACCGCUGCCAGAAGGAGUUUGAAGUGAUGUUUGAGAGGAAGCAGAAAGAGCUGGACUCUGCUGCAUUGUCAACGGAACACAAGCAGCUUCAGGAGGAGCUGGAGGAGGCCAAGGACGAGGCCCAAAGGCGUUCCAUCGGCAACAUUAAGUUCAUUGGCGAACUUUUCAAGCUCAAGAUGUUGACGGUGCCCAUCAUGCACGAUUCUGUGGUGAAGCUGCUGAAGGACCAACACGAGGAGUCUUUGGAGUGCCUGUGUACGCUGCUCACCACCGUUGGCAAGGACCUCGACCACGAGAAGGCCAAGCCUCGAACGGAUCAGUAUUUCAAUCUGAUGAAGAAAACUGUCAAGGAGAAGAAUAUGUCACCUCAGAUACAGUCAAUGGUACAGGAUGUUAUAGACCUGAGAUCGCACAACUGGGUGUCCAAAGGAGCCAAUCAGGGCCCAAAAACUAUCAAGAAGACUCACAAGGAGGUGAAGAUUGAAGAGCAAAGGCAGCAGAGAAAAGUGUGCCAGCAGCUGUUAUCCAAGAACAGCAAAAGAUGUCCAGUGAAACCUGGGCCAAUGGUACAGACAUGGCGCAGACCUGCCCUGUCUGAGGAGGAGAUAGAGAGGAAGUCCAAUUCCAUCAUCGACGAGUUCCUCCUCAUAAAUGAUUACAAGGAGGCUAUCCAGUCUGUGGAUGAGCUCAACUUGGGAUCUCAGUUGCACAUCUUUGUGCGCAUUGGGGUGGAAUCGACCCUGGAGCGUAGUCAGAUCACACGGGACCACAUGGGUCAGCUCCUCCUCCAGCUGGUGCAGCAGAGAAUCCUGCCCAAACCCCAGUUCUACGAAGGGUUUGCAGACACGCUGGAGCAAGUGAGUGAUAUGGCCAUCGACAUUCCCCAUAUCUGGCUGUACCUGGCCGAGCUGCUCAGCCCUGUCCUGAGAGAAGGGGGCUUCUCUAUGAGAGAACUCUUUAGUGAAUUAAGCAAACCUUUGAUUCCUGUAGGAAAAGCUGGGAUUUUAAUUUCUGAAGUAUUGCACAUACUAUGCAAACAAAUGAACGAUAGGACUAUGGUUGGUUCUCUGUGGAGGGAAUCUGGCCUCAACUGGAUUGACUUCCUCCCAGAGGGAGAAGACGUCCAGGCUUUCAUCUCACAACAGAAACUCCAGUUCAUUCCGUCAGACAGCUCCGGCCCUGAGACGACUCUCUCUAAAAGGAUCUUGUCUCCUGAGGAGCUGAGCCGCCAGCUGGAGAGACUCCUCCUGGAGGACAUGGCCAGCGACAAGCAGAUCUUUGACUGGGUGGAGGCAAACCUAGAUGAAUCUCAGAUGAGCUCAUCUCCCUUCCUGAGGACUUUGAUGACAGCUGUCUGUAAGGGAGCAGUGGAAGAUUAUAACACCAACUUUCGAGUGGACACGGCCGUCAUCCAGAGGAGAUUGCCUGUAUUAAAGAAAUACCUUAAAUCAGACACUGAGCAACAGCUGCAAGCACUUUAUGCACUUCAGGCGCUGAUAGUCUCCCUCAAUCAGCCUCCAAACCUUCUCCGGAUGUUCUUUGACUGUCUGUUUGAUGAAGACGUCAUCUCGGAGGAUGCUUUCUACAAGUGGGAGAUGAGCAAAGACCCUGCCGAGCAGCAGGGUAAGGAUGUGGCCCUCAAGUCUGUCAGAGCCUUCUUCGUCUGGCUGCUGGUGGCAGCGGAAGAGUCUGAAGAUGAUUGAUGAGGGAAAGAUCCCUAGGACACAACAGCGUAGAUCUGCAUCCUUACAGUAGAACAAACAUUCAAAACGGGUGUGUGGGCAGAUCAACAUUUUUUCUGUGGUAUGGUUCUGAACAUGCCGUCAUCUUGAGUUUGGAUUCCAAUGGCAGAAAUACUAAAUAUAAUACAUAGAUAAUGUUUUUGUUUUAAACUUGAACUUUUUUGUUACUUUUUAAGAAGACAUUGAAAAGAUACAUGGUUUCUGGACUCUGAUUUUUUUUUAAGGAA